AUGGCCGGAAACCAAACUUCUUUCGACGCGGAUGUCGAAAGCCAUCUCGAGGCACCGAUGCGUUGCAUGGGCCUAUACGUGGCCGCAGCGUCUCUAAUCUGCACGGCGGCCGUAGCGGCCGACACCGUGCACGGAUUCUGGAGAAAGAGAUACUGGUUCCCAUCGAGAUACUUCGCCCUAAACGCCACCUCACUAACCCUACUUGCCGUAGCCGUAAAGCUCCCGAUGGAUCUCACAACCCGCAUGUACGCGGUCACGGACCGCCUCGCCAAAGUCAGCAGCCUCGUCUUCAUAUCAACCGCCAUGGCCAACUUCUUGCCCUCUCUCGGCUCGAUGAGCGACAACGACGUCUUAAUGAACGUCACCGCGUUAUCCAUUCUCAUCGUCACGGUCACCGUCAACGUCACAAUCCAGGUCAUACAGAUCCACGCGUUCCUCAACGCCAGGGUGGCGUUCCCCGAAGAAAUCCUCGCCAUCGGCUGCAUGCUCCUCAUGCUCGUCAUGUUCGCAUCGACGGCUCUGAUGAUUCCGUCCACCAAAACGUACCUGGAGAAAAAGUACCACGACAUGCACAAAACCGCGACGAACGAGGAGAUGCUCGAUACGGGGAGAUCGUGUAACAUGAAACUGAGAGGUCUGAUCAAGAAGUAUUGGGUGAUGGCAGAAACCAGCAGCCCUCAGUUCGUGAUCGCUCGUUCGGUCACGUGCACGACUUCCGGUGUCAUCAGCUUGAUUAUCGCCGCCGUUCUAUUGGAGGUCGAGAUACGAAUGGCGAUGCGGGUUGAUAUAUUCAAUCAGUCGGUUUCGAGCUACGAUUGGUCGACGAAAUGGGUUCUGAUUUCUCAGACUAUCGGAGUUCUGUUAGGGACCGUCGCACCGCCUUCGCGAUGGUUCGUCGCCAUAAACUGUCGGUCGAGAAAUGAAGGGUACAGCAAGACGAGCAUUCGCGAUGCGUUUUUCACCGUCGAGGGGUAUUGGACUCAGAAGAUGGUGGAGUGGAGACAGAGCUCGUUGUCGGUACGAAUUCGACAUCGCACGAGCAGAAAACUUCUCCAUCAUCUGAGAGGGGUUUUUCUUAAGCUCUGUAUUUUUCUACAGCAUGUUGUUGUUCUUUCUAGCAAGCUGCUGCUUUUCGUUUCUGUUUGUGUAACGAUUCCGAUCGUCUCAUGCGUCGGCUACGCCGGAAAGUUGAAGAGGCGGAAAGGAAUAUCCUCGGAAUAUUCCACCGCUGAUCCGGACUCGGACAUCGGGCGUUACGUUUUGCUGCUCGAAGGGGAGGUGAAGCUGUCUACAAAGAGUUUGGAGAAUAUCUUGAACGAGGUGGAUAGCGUCAUUCGAAAAGGCAAGAAACGAAAGCCGACGAAUUUAUCGAUCCUCGUGAAUCGAUCUUGCAAUUGGAAUGGAGUUACGGAAUUCGACAGUCGUCGAAUUCCGAGGCUGCAUUCUCAAGAAGAUGUCCCGUACUGCUGGUCUUUACCUAUAGUCACGUUGACUAGCAUCGCGCUUGCGCUUCCGAAUGUAGAGAAGCGUAAAUCGGAACAACUAAUGAAAAGUGUGACCGAGGGAAUCUCGUACGUAAAGCUCAUAGACGAAACGCUGGAUAAAAAAGGUUGUCUCGAGAACAUAAGAACGGCAGCAGAUGUCGUCUGGGUACAAGUCGAGAUGUACCACAAGUGGCAAGACCGGGAUCUUCGCGAAACUGCACUUACGGGCGAAAACGCCGACGAGAUACUACGACAGCUCUGUGACAGAGCCGAAAAAACCGUCGUCGAGUUCUUGACAGAAGAACGAGAUUGUCUGAUGAAGAAUCCUCUUAACUGGCCCGCGCACGUAAUCGCGGCAAACUCGAUGUACAGGUUAGGCAGAACAAUCUUGCUGAGUCACGGGGGCGAAAGUGACGAGACGGACGACCGAAUGUUCGAGCACUUGUCCGUCACGAUAGCGGAUGUACUGGCUGCGUGUCUGACUAAUCUAGGACGCGUAAUAACGAUCAAGUGUCACCGUAACGCGAUCGAGGAGAGGGAGGAGAGUGUGCGUAACGCGGCUCGUCUUCUCGGCGAAACUGAAGAGAUUAUCGCACAUCUCCACCAACGCGAGCUGCCGUUUUCGGACGCUGACCAGACAGCUUCCAUCGAAGAGUGGCGAGCGGUAAUCGAACGGGGAAACAAGGUUAAUAUCGAAACGGGUGCUUCGGAAUACAGAGAAGAAAUUGUCGAUAUAAAAGUCGAAGUAUGA